AUGUCUUCCGUCACCGAUUCCACUGUCUCCGCCGACGCAGUCUCCCCCGAGAUCACCAACGGCCGCGCUGGCGUUCACCCCGAUCACGGCCUGCUGAUCAUGUACAAAGUCCGCGAUACCGACAUCCACGACGGCGACGAAGAGACGUGGAAGCUGGCGAAGCGCGUAGACCCCGAUGCCGUCAGCGCGUACUGGGACAAGGUCACGGCCAGAACCGGCAUGACGCAGCGCGCCUGGCUCUCCCGCGUGCGUUUCAAGUACCGUGUCGAGCUCGCCAAGUUGGAAAACCGAAAGGCCGCUGCCGCCGCCACCACCAAGAAGCGCAAGCGCCGUAUUUCCAAAGAUGACGAGGAUAGUGACUACAAGCCGCCGGGCGCUUGA